CAUUUCCAUUUUGGACUGCAAUGUCCAGCUGUUGCCUGACUCCUAAAACGCUUGGUACGAAACUAUCACCUCUUCAAAUAGGCCAAUAUGCUUCUGCCGAGGUUAAACUCAACCGCCAGGCAAUAGACUUUGAAGAACAUCUAUUGUUUUCGGAAACAACCAGCCGUGGUUCGAGCACAAAGCGGACAUGUCACUGUAAUUAGGAACAACUUGAGGCUGCGUGAUUUGUUCCGGGACGAUAUGCAUCCUGGUGCCUAUCUUGGUUCCAGGCGGACCCACAAUAAAUCCAGAACUUCUCGGAACAAUACUUGUUCAUGGGAAGAAGAACCU